AUGAAGGCUCCAGACUCCGAUGCUGACGAUCGAGCCGAUCUCACGACCGUGGUUGAGGACCAACUGGCUGUAACGUACUACAAGAAAGAGCUGAACGCUUUCCUGCUUCAGGACAACGUGAUGAAGCUCCUCCGGCCGAAGCUCCUCGGCGAUCUUGCGGGACCGGUGUCACAGCCGACCCCUGGAUCGGACAAGUUGGAUGCCGUACAGACCCUGCUAUGGCUCUUCAAAGUUGGCAUCAUCGCAGGAGCGCUGGAUGCGGAAAGCCUGUUCAAUCUGAAGCCCAACACGAUCCAGAACUCGACCCAGAGGCUGUUCCUGUUACUGAAGCCGUUGGUCGGUGAAUCGAGUCGAUCCUUGAAAGAAACAUCAAGAUCGCCUCAGACGCUAUCGAGAUCGACUCCCGCCAGAUCGACGCCUGCGCGCAACCCGGGUGACCAAACUCCGACGUCAUCUCCGUACGUGUCUGCAACGGAAGACGUGGACUCCGAUAGUGUCGAUGAUCCGCCGCCACGUAUGACGCUUGGUCCUUCCGGUGCCGCCAUGCUACGAAGUCGAACCGAGCGUGCUGGGGGCGAGGCCGCGGUGCCAAGGCGAGAGCCGAAGGCCACAGCAACCUCGACGCGACACUCACCGGAAAAACUCGAGUCAUUCUUCCAAGCGGCCAUGGAACGUUUUCUGAAGGAGCAGCAGCUACCUGCUAUCGCGUUGAAGUCGCGACCGACCGGUGAUCAAGAUGUGGAGAUGGGGUCGGUUGGAUCACCAAACCGAUACUCUACGUCAUGGGAGUUCGAUCCUGACGACCUCGAUCUUGGUCGACCCGUCCGCACAGCGAUCGCAGCGACAGCUACGGCUUCGCCAGGAGGAAUUGAGUCUGCACCACGCAUUCGUGUUUCUGCAAUGUCGGAACUGAAGGAGUUUUCCGGAAAGGACGGCGACGAAGAUCGAGCUCGAGCUUGGGUCAGCAAGGUAAGAUUGGCCUUCGUCCGCGAUCAAGCACCUGAUGAUGAGAAGUGUCUGGUGUUCGGCGACUUGCUCACUGGUCCAGCGAGAAACUGGUGUAGACAGCUGAGCCGAACAACUCGCACCACGUGGAAGGACCUGCUCCAGAGUUUCCAGCUCCAGUAUUGUGGUCGUGGUGUCUCGGUUGCCCGCCAGUACUACCAUGCUCGGAAGCGAUCUGACGAGUCGCCUCUGGAGUACCUCCACAGGCUCAACGUCGCAGACCUGCGGACACGUCUACAAGUCAAGGACGGUCCGCCUGACGUGCACCGGGAACAUGUGGAGCAUUUCAUCGAGACGUUGGACGACCGCGAUCUAGCGGACCAGUUCGCCUUGCUGCGGAUUCCUGAUGCGGAUACCCUGGAAGAAGUUCUGCGAUCUCGCCAGCGUGCCAAGGCGCGGCAGAGCAAGACAGUGUAUGGCUCGAUCAAGCCCCGUCCGAAGCCACCAGCUACCGCCGGUACCCGCGCAGUGCGAGCGAUCCAGAUACCGAGUGACACUAGUGACGCCGACUCUGGAUCAAGUGGAUCGGAUGAAGAUGGAGAUCUGCGCCGAGUGUACGCGACCGCGGCUGGCAACAGCAACGGAGCGACUGAACAUCGUAUCUCUGGUCAAGACCGGCGUCUACCAGAACAAGGUCGCAACCGUCAGGAUCGUCGGCCCGGACAACACUUGAAGCCAAACGACAUGGGAGCGCCCCUCAAGCGGUGUACUCUGUCAAGCAUGAUGAUCUGGGAUGUUGGAAGCGGCUGA